AUGGCAGUCGAAAAGCUGCUCGCAACCCGCCCUCAACAGGCGUUCAUCCUAACUAGUAAACUUUUUUUUUUCACUAAAAUUCUGUCUAAUCGCCUCACUCGACGUGCAGUUACCCUUCAGGCCAUUGCUGUUCUUACGAUGGUCGGCAUCACGUUCAGGAAGGUCGAGGUCAAGGUCGAUUUCAACCAAUCAGCUUACAAGACGCUGCCAUGUUAUUUGGCAUUGUUCGCCCUUGCCGAGAUAUUUGAGCUGUUUAUGGCUUAUGAUGCCCUACGGCUGAGAAACGUGAUACAACUUAUGGGCAUUCUGUUGUUCCAUAUGGCGCUUAUCGUCUUCGCCGCUAUUCAAGUCCAUGAAACAAGGACAGCUUUGGUGAAAUUUUCGGACGAAGACUGCGCACAGAGUUUCAAUGCAACCUUUUGCGGUGGUCCAGGCUCUCUCUGGCGGUCUGUCCAACCAUUCCUCAUCGUCGUUCCUUGCGUUAUUUCGGCGGCUUGGCUGCUUAUGAUGUUCUGGAUCAAGGAGUUGUAUUCAGAGUUCGGCUGGGCGAUAUUCCAUGUCGUUGGAGCCAAUCCCAAAAUGAAAAAAAUGUACCAGUGGUAUCAGAUUAUGCUAUGCCUACUCAAGUUUGAUUUCUUCUUCUUCGUGGCUGUGACGAUGCAGCUUCUCAUCGUCGUGCUGGCCAGGGAUACCGCGGAAUUUGGUGUGACCAUUGCCGCGAUUCCUGUUGUUCUUGUGUUGCUUGCUUUGGCCGCCUUUGCUGUGCAGCGAGAGAUCAAGUGGCUCAUGAGUAUUUCGCUGGUUUUAAUGUUAGCCGCACUCAGCUACUUUUUCAAACUGGUUCGAAUCUACGCACCAUCCACCAAGGAGCUAUAUGUGACGACGCGGGCAUCUCUGACUAUCUUCACUAUCGUUGCCUUCUUGCUUUUGUUUGCUACCUUCGCUGUUGGGCUUAGAUGCUUCUCAGACUUCGGUAGAGGGUUGGUAACGGCAAAAGUCAACGACGUGCCCACGAGACCGCAGUACUCACGCAAGGCCGAAUCCGCAGGGAAUAUGACCCAACAGCAAGGCUCUUACAGCGGUGGAACAGCAUUAGGACCCAGAAUUUCCAUAGAAUAG